AAAAAUACGGAAGUAAUAUUUUUAGUAUCUAAUAUUAUAGUGAUACUUUAGUAUGUAUUUUUCAAGAGACUGGUAAGUUAGCUUUCAAAAUAAAUACUGGAAAGAGUGUGAUAUUGAUUUACCAAAGGUGUAAAUCGGCUAGACUUCGAGGGUGGGUGAAGGGAGGCUGUAUGUAUGAAACGCAAGUCUUAGGUGAUUGGAUUUAACAGCGUUGUUUCAUUUGUAUCUAAAAGUGAUCAGUCAGCGAUAUAGCAGAUUUUUUUCCAAUGGCAGGUCGCAGCGGAGCUCAACGACCAAAUGGAGCAAUGCAAGGAAAGAUCUGUCAGUUUAAGCUAGUCUUACUUGGGGAGUCGGCUGUGGGAAAAUCCAGUUUAGUUCUUCGAUUUGUUAAAGGGCAGUUUCAUGAAUAUCAAGAAAGCACUAUUGGAGCUGCAUUUUUGACGCAGACCGUGUGCCUAGAUGACACAACAGUGAAGUUUGAGAUUUGGGAUACAGCUGGCCAAGAACGAUAUCACAGCUUAGCACCUAUGUAUUAUAGGGGUGCUCAAGCAGCAAUUGUUGUUUAUGACAUUGUAAAUCAGGAUACAUUUAGUCGAGCCAAAACGUGGGUUAAGGAACUACAGCGUCAAGCCAGCCCAAACAUUGUUAUUGCAUUAGCAGGGAACAAAGCAGAUUUGGCCAAUAAACGAUUGGUAGAAUAUGAGGAAGCUCAAGCGUAUGCUGAAGAAAAUGGUCUCCUUUUUAUGGAAACUUCUGCUAAGACAGCGAUGAAUGUAAAUGAUAUAUUUCUGGCUAUUGCUAAAAAGCUACCUAAAAAUGAACAUUCAGCAAGCGGUGUGUCUGGGCCAGGAAGACGAGGAGUGGAUCUAAGUGAAAACCAACAGCAGUCUAGUGGUGGAUGUUGCAAAUGAUGAAAAGUAUUGUGUAAUUCGGGAUAAAAGUUUUUUUUCUGGCUCUUUUGCCCUGGUGUAAUAUACACUGGAAAAAUUAUGUAUGUAUAUGUAUAUAUAUAUAAAUUUUCCAUCUUUGAAGAAAAAAAGAAAAAAUGUGUGGCUUUGAAAAAGGGUCCACAUUAUAUUAGUACUCUUCAGACACGAGCUAAACCAUAGACCGUAAUGUUUGCUUUUAUACUAUAAACGUUAUUAAAAGGUAAAAUAUUGGCUAUCCAUCAACAUGUAUUUGUAGGACUGGGAACAAAUAUUUCGACUAGAAAUUAUAAUAAUUAUGUGAAAAAUUUAAUCAGAAUUUUAUAAGAUGUUUAUUUGACUUCUUUGAUAGCGUUACCUUCUUUUUUAUAAUAUUAGAUUUUUGUUUGGACUUAGAUGAGUGUAUCAUUAUAAUUUCAUUUUCAAAAUUCAGACAAUUUAUCAGAUUUUACCCCAACAACAAAAUAACGAUGAGAAAGUUUAAUAGUGACACACACAUCAAAUUCACAGUUGUUUGACGAUAGCUUGCUGUAUAUAGUUGGUAAAUAAAUGUCAUUAUUGAAUACAUCAAAAUUUACAUUUACUCUGUUAUCUUUAGAAGUUUAAUUGGAGGGUUUUAUUUAUUAGCUACUUGAUUUGUACAAUUACUUGCUGAUUAAUAUGCAAAAAAGAACAGCUUUUUAUUUUAUGUAUAUGUAUAUAUAUAUAAAGGAAAAUUGAGGCUAUAUUCUGCUAAUCUGAUUUAACUUGAACUAAUGUUUAGAUAGUUACGAUUUUUUAUACAAAUAUUAAAACAGAACUUUAAACCAUUGCUCAUAAUUUUUGUAGGUUUAGGUAACACUAUUCUCAGUGUAGUAUGUAACCACCUUGUCCUAAGAAAAAAUAUCAAAAUAUAUAUAUGUAUAUAUAUUUCAUUUGUAUCUUCUACUUUCUAUGAUUUAUUAAAGUUUAAAAGCUGCUAAACAUUGAUGUAUGAAGAAGUCUUGAUUAAUUGUCAAUAUGGAAUUAAUUAGUUGUGUUUGAGGUGUUAUGCUACAUAACUUCUAAAGCUUUUGUUAUCACGGAUUUGUUGUGAUGUUGAGAAAAUUGUUGGUCAAAAAAAUCAGCACUUGAAGAAAUUUAACUCGUUAGGCUUACGGAAAACGCAAAGUUAGUAUUUGCCCUUGUGGAAUAGAUGGCUGUACCACACUGGAAGAAUUUGAAAAACAAGAUUUAAUAAUUCUAUAUGUGGAAGUUAUAGCUGCUUGAAUUUGUAAUGUUGGUUAUAAUUAUGCCUCUUUAAUUUUCCUUGUAAUGUAACAAGUAGGCUUCCUAUAAAGCUCUAUAAAGUGUGCUAAAAGUAUCCUAUUAGUUAGCAUAUACUUAAUAGAAGGGAACUUUUAACAAGUUUACGUGAACUGUUUUCAUUAUUUUAAUUUUAAAAUGAGAUACCAUUAAACAUUGAGGCCUUUUGAAAAUUUAUAAAUGUCUUUUUUUUCUUUAAUUAUUCAUACUUUCGUGCUUUUCAAGAUGUCUUAUUUUCUGUUUGUUUUUGUAAUUAAUGAAUAUAUAAAGUUAUUAUAUUUAAAGUAAUACUAAAUAACAUUAGGAAAAAACUUUCGACAACUAGAUAACCUGAGAUCAUGUUCUUAUUUAUACAGAACCAAAAUUUAGGAACUUUUUUUGGGGGAAGGGGGCUAAAACCAAAGAAAUUUGUCAUAUAACAGUAUCGUGUAAGCUACUUUUUAAAUAAGUAAGGUAGAGUGGAAGCGUACGUUUAGUACUAUUUUAUGCGCUUAGGUUUGAAAUAAAAUUUGAAAGUUUAUUGAAUUUUUAAUAUAAUGUGAAUAAAAUAUGUUAUAUAAAGUAGGUCCUGUUUUUGAAGUAUUAAACAUUUCUUAUCUUCCAGACAAUAUAAAUAGUGUUAGUCUUUUCAUUAAUUAAGAAAGUUAACAUAUUCUUAAAUGUGAAGUAAGACCCAGAAUUCUUAAAACUAAUAUGCUUUUUUAAAUUUAUUUGAGAAAAACAUUUCUAAAUCUUUGACAUUAGAUAUAUAAAUAUUUAAGAACCAUGUGCAAUGGGAUUCCUAUUAGGAAUGUGUGACAAUACAUGUAACAGAAGCAUCACAUAGUAUGCCGUUAUAUCUUUGAUAGGCAACAGUUGGGUCAUAGAUAACUUUAAUACAAAGUAUGCCUUGGUAAGAUUAACUUGUGAUUAAUGGGUGCACACUUUGUUUGACUUCAGAUAUGAAUUCCCCCAAAUACUUGUACAGGUCAUUUAUAUAUAUAUAUAUAUAUACACAUUAAGCCUAAACAGUCACAGGGUGCAUUUAAUUAUUAGUUCGAAACUAUGAAGUUAAAUGAUAAUUUGUGAACUGUGAAUAUACUUUUCCUCUGAUAACCUGCAUGUGCUAAUUUUCUUGAUAAUGUUAGGUAAAGAUUAUCCGUUGCAUUCCAGAAAUACAGAGACAAUUCUGCAGCUGAAAUUUCACAUCAUUUUUUUUUUUUCACUUAUAAUUUGCAUAUAAUGAUGUAAAUGAAUAAGUUUUUUUUCCCUUAUUUUUUAAAAAUAUUAACACUGGGACAUAUCAAGAUUGGCAUAGUUUGUAAAUUCAAUCAAAGUGUUUCAUUGGUCACUUUAGAAGAUAAGUACAAACCAGUCAAUUACAGAGCCUAUGGUGAUAAUGCAAAUUUUUUCUUUCAGCUUGAAAAGUAUAAUAAUGUGAUUAAACUACCAGAAAACCAGUUGUAGCACACACAGAGAGAUUGGGUGUCAAAAUUGCAACAAAACAGUAGGACAUAAGAUAAACCUGCAGAAACUAGCAGUAGCAAUACAGUUAAGACGUUCAGUAAAAACCAGCUCUGUAAAAUUUAUAUAAACUUAAAUGUGCUAAAACUACCAAAAAAACUAACUCUGUAAAAAGGAAAGCGAGAUGCCUAUAAUUUUCCCUUCUAUCCAAAUUUUUUCCGUGGCGAUUAUAAACACAUUUACCUGUGCCUUUUAAUUAUUUGAUUGUGAUGUUAUAAACACUAAGUCAUUUAUGUAGUAGUCAAAAUAUACUGCACUUAUAAGUAGGUGCGACAAAUCGAUUUUACUUUUUCAAAAUAAAAAAUGUUUGAGAUACAAUAGAAAACAUGUAAAAUUAUUAUAUAACUAUGCUACCAAACUUCUAUUGGGUUUUAUAUACAGACGUUUUCAUCAGUCGUCCUCACAAUACAACAUAUUAAAUUGUGUUCAAUCUAGACGUUGGUCGGUUUAUAUUAUCCCGUUGUUUUAUUGUGCAAGUGUAUUAUGGUACUAUUAUUAGCAAUCAGUGAUAAAUGUUUUGUUUAUUACUAUACAUUCCCUGUAACGAUUACUUUGUGUAAAUGGUAAAGCAUUAUUAUUACAGGGUUAGUGAUUAAUAUCAAAAUGUAUAUUAGAAACAGGUGAAGAGUACCUGAUGAUACUGUAAACAUUUGUUGGGGUAAUUAAGAUGGUAAUUACAUAAUUAAACAUUAGAAUCUGUUCAGUAAGUAAAUCCAGAAACUUGGUGGAUUGGCUUGAGUCUCUUAUGGCACAGCUGUAUUUGUGUUGUUUUACUUUUGUCUUAGCAAUCAAUUCAUUCAUUGGUUUGUAAGAAGAGUUAUAAGAAUAAGCUAGUGAUUGUAAAAAAAAACACUAUGUAUUUAAUUCUCUUGGUACUGUAGAAAGUUGAGACAAAUAAAAAGGUUUUUCAAAACAUGG